UAAUAAUCAAUAUUUCUUACAUUUUAGCUCAUUUUUUUACAAUUUAGUUUUAUUUAUCCAAUUUUCUCAAUAAUAUUAAUGUACUUUCCAAAACGAAAUUUCAUUCUUCCUAAAAUAUUUUCUAACCCUAUACAGAUGAUUAAUAAGUGUCCAACAUGAUAUCGAUUCAAUUACUUAAGACCUCCAGCUGUAAGUUUAUAAGUAAUUCAAAUAUCAGAGUUUUGACAAAUACAAUUAAAAGGUCAGUGAUGACAGAUGAAGUUUCCAAAGCUCAAGGAGCUACUGCAGGUGGUGAUACAAUAUUUGGAAAAAUUUUGAGAAAAGAAAUACCGGCUAAAGUUAUCUAUGAAGAUGAAAAGUGUAUGGCCUUUCAUGAUGUUAAUCCUCAAGCACCUACCCAUUUUUUGGUAAUACCUAGGAAACCUAUACCUGGUUUAUCACAUGCAGAAGAUAGUGAUGUUGAGCUCCUUGGACACUUAAUGAUUAAAGCUAAACAGCUUGCCAAAGAAGUUGGGCUCGGGAAAGGAUUCCGCCUUGUAAUAAAUGAUGGUAAAGAUGGGGCUCAGUCUGUGUACCACUUACACAUACAUGUUCUUGGUGGCAGGCAGAUGCAAUGGCCUCCUGGCUAAUCCAUUGGGUUAACUACAGUUUAUUUACAUUAUGGAUAGUGACUGCAAAGUAAUUUUCUGUGGUGGCUUGACUUUACUAUUUACUGUGGUGGUUCCCUUGUUUCAAUAAACAUUGUGGCAGUU